UAGCAGGCCUUAAACUUACAUGCAAAAAAAAAGAAAAAAAAAAUUCAGCAUUGUAUGAUAAGCAGAAAACUGUCAUGCAAAUGUUUAAAUAAUAAAAUCUGUUUACUUAUAAUUCUCAAUUGCUUUAUCUCGAUAGAUUCAAAUUAUAGAAAUCUGUUGUCAUCGCUUCUUCGCUCAAAUCUAAAAAGAAAAGAAAAAGUAAUAGACUUAUAUUCAAUUUAAUUUGGCUCGUUUGAAUCAUUAAGAAUUACUGAACAUAGCAAGUCAAGCAUAGAACUUUUCUCUUAUAUCCUCUAAGACUGCUUUGAGUUUAUGUAGGAAAUGUUUCAGAAACAAUCGCAUUGGAUAUUCGGUCGCCUACAGGUUUAUGCCUUUUUUUGCAAUAAAAAAGAGACAUGAGAGAAAUUAUAGACUAUAAAAAUCCAAAAUAUAAGCAAAAGUACAAAGAUUUGUUCCAUCGAUUUGUCAAGGAGGAAAAACAAAUAGACGUGGAGAGGUGCAGUCAUAGUAGACAGCAUGACCUUUGGAGAAGAUUUGUUAAACGAUGGAAUGAUGGAAAAAUGCGUCAACAAUGGUAUUCCCUAAUGCAAACUUCCGAGGCCGGUCAUAAUGAUCAAUCACCGGUAGGACCAAGCAAACCAACGGUUGAUGACUUGUACGACCGACAAGAGCUACGCGAACAGAUUCGAGAACAGCAACAGUCUUCAAAACGUUAUGAAACCAAACUGCGAGUAAGACGUGAAACCGAACUGUUGGACGAAGUUUUGCCUAAAGAGCCAGCUGGUAGUAAACAAGCGUUAUUGCAGAAAAAGAAGGAGAAGCAACAUACUUUGAAGCAAUACCGUGAGCGGUCGGAUGAAGAAAUGGAAUUGAACGAGAACGACUUGUUUGGCGAACCUGACUCUUUUACCAAGCAGGUUGAAAGAGAGCAUUUACGAAAAAAAAAGCGAGAUGAAGGUCGACAGAUGCGUCAUUCCCAAAAAGACGCAGAAAUCCUUCAAAAGAUACAGGAACGAAAAGAAAAGGAAAAGAAAACAGUAGAGAUGUUACGAGAAAUGGCUCAGAGCCGCUUUACAAAAUCGUCCUAAUAUAUACAUCUUGCUUCUAUAUUAUGACUAGUAAUAGUUUUGAUAGCAAACACAAUUACUUUUAUUUUAAUGAAGAUAUAUUCAUACUUACUAUGCUCCUAAAGAAUAAGCAAAAAUAUAAUCAAGGGGUAAAAAUCGCA